GAAACACGAAAGAAAAUAAGGCGUUCGUCGUCGAUCCCCUGUCUCCGGCAGACUCUGGAGAAGGACCUCCGUUGUCCAUCCAAUCUCAGGAUAUACCAAAUGGCUCCACUGAAAUUAUUCUCCGUCUCCUUCCUUGUUCUUUCUGUAACACAAGGGCAAAGAAACCCGUGUCAUGACCAUCUCUCUGUCUUCGUCGAGGAGCGCCGCCACCAUAGUACCAGUCGAGCCCUGGUAAAUGAAGAAGAGAGUCGGCCAGCCUCUGUGUCAUCCCCCUCGGUUAGUGUCGUCCCUUAUUAAAUCGACGAAACCAAGUUUGUUGAGUUGUGGAACAAAUUCUCCGACCUAAUCAAAAUGGUUCCCAGGAGUUUUCAAAGUUUGAUUACUGUGAUCUUCCACUGCCACAUAUGCUUCUUCAGCCGGUUAAGACAAGAAAUGUUGCCCAGAUUCUGUAGAUACAAUCACGUGUAGGAUGUUUGAAAACCUUGAAUAUGACAUUAGGAACCUUCAUGUUGGCAUUACCUUUCACUUGUUUUUCAUUUCUGAAGGAGAGAAAACUUGCAAUUUGUUUAGAGUAAUAGAAAGCUUGCUUAUGAGUCGAGUGAAGAUGUGAUGAGAUUAUCAAGAUGAACCCUUAUGGUUAAGUGUGUAAUAUGGACACUGUUAGCUAUUUUCCUGG